CUUCGGCCCUCAUCCCCAUCCGCCACAAGUCCGCCACUUGAUUACGACCUCCACUCGUCCGUCCUCUACCAACCCAAGUGUAUUCGUCAGAGCCUCGUCCACGGGCUCCUUCGUUUAUCAGUCCCUUUGUCAUGGCUCCCGGUCGCCCCGUUCGUGAUAUCGUCGUCAAAGUACCCCGACAUAACGCAGACAUCCUCCGCAAGGAUUUGGCGGCGAAAGUGCAUGCCGCAGCUAAAGAUGAGGACAUGAACGUCCAGCUUGAGCAAACGCCCAGCGAAGAGGUGGCCCGCGCGGUGGAAAGCGCAUCUGAAUGGAAUUCCCUUCUCAUGACUGCGCGUGCAGAGCGAGGACCCCAGUGGGAUAUUGGGACUCAGCAAUUCCACGUCGACGUAUACUCCGACCUUUACUACGACCCCACCUCACUUUUAGCAUCUACUCGGCAGGCCCUCGGUGUCGAAGAAAACGAAGAGCCAAGUACAUCCCCUCAAGACGUCGCGUCUACUUCCACCGUACGCCGUUCACAUCGUAGUCGCGGGAGCUCACAAGCCCCCAUGCCUCCCGCUGCUUCGGCUGCUCGCCGAGACAUGGAUAUGAUAGCAGCACGCGGAGCCGGAAUGUCACCCCCACGGGAUAUGGGAAUGGGAAUGGGUGGCAUGGGUGGCGCACCGCCAGGCAUGCGUACAGACAUGGGCGACCAGGUCAUUGGAGGCAUGCGUGGGUUUCCUGCGGGCAUGUCUCCAGCAGCAAUGCGCGCAGGGAUGGGCAUGGGGGCCGGAAUGGGCAUGGGGGGCGGGGGACUUGGGGCGGGAAUAGGCGGCCCAGGGGGGUUGCCCAACCCAGGCAUGGGCCUGAACGGAGGGAUGGGCGGGGGUGGGGGAAUGGCAGGUAUGGGAAAUAUGGGUAUGGGCAUGAGCAACAUGGGUCGUAUGGGCGGGAUGCCUGCGAAUAUGGCUGGGAACAUGCCUGGAGGUCCCGGAGGGAUGGGUAUGGGGAACAUGGGCAUGGGCGGACUGCCGCCUGGUGCAGCCCCACGAAGGAUGAUGUAGCGUCUGUAUUUUCCUAUUGUACUGUAUUUUCACUGUGGACGAGCAUUCAACGUCGCGUGUUCCAUAGCUGUACGAUCGGAAGACCGAAGAGAUCAGCGGCGAC